CCACGGCGGGAAGGGCGGAGGGAGGCGCGGCGCUGAGGGGAGGCGAUCCCAGCCCAGCCCGGCCGUGCCGCCUCCCUCCCUCCCUACCUACCUACCCGGACAACACAACCAUGCAUGUGCUGUGCUCGGCGAUGAAAGCUCAAAUUGAAAUCAUCCCAUGCAAGAUCUGUGGAGAUAAAUCAUCAGGAAUCCAUUACGGAGUCAUCACCUGCGAAGGCUGCAAGGGGUUCUUCCGGAGAAGCCAGCAGAGCAAUGCCACCUACUCGUGCCCGCGGCAGAAGAACUGUCUGAUUGACCGAACGAGCCGCAAUCGGUGCCAGCACUGUCGCUUACAGAAGUGUCUGAUGGUGGGGAUGUCUCGCGAUGCUGUCAAGUUUGGCCGCAUGAGCAAGAAGCAGAGGGACAGCCUGUACGCAGAGGUGCAGAAGCAUCGGCUGCAGCAACAGCAGCAGCAGCAGAGGGACCAGCCGCAGCCGCAGCCUCCCGGCGAGGCAGAGCCCCUCACCCCACCCUAUAGCAGCCUGGCAGAACUCAACAGCGACCUCAGCAACCUGUACGUGGACGGGCAGGCAGCCGAGGUGGGCAAGGCAGAGCCGGCCAUGAACAACCUCUACCUGGACAUUCAGCCCUCUCCUGACCAGUCCGGUCUAGACAUCAACGGCAUUAAGCAGGAACCCAUUUGUGAAUAUGCAACAGGACCAGACUUCUUCCCCUACUGUUCCUUUACAGAUGGGGAAACCUCUCCGACUGCCUCGAUGGCUGAGCUAGAGCACCUUGCACAGAACAUUGCCAAGUCCCACAUUGAGACCUGCCAAUACCUCCAGGAGGAGCUCCAGCAACUGAUGUGGCAAACAUACGUGCGGGAGGAGCUGGAGAUUUAUCUGAACAAGCCCAGGGAGGUGAUGUGGCAGUUGUGUGCUAUCAAGAUCACAGAGGCGAUUCAAUAUGUGGUGGAGUUUGCCAAACGCAUUGAUGGAUUCAUGGAACUGUGUCAAAACGAUCAGAUCGUACUUCUGAAAGCAGGUUCUUUAGAAGUUGUGUUCGUCCGAAUGUGUCGAGCUUUCGACUCCCAGAACAACACCGUGUAUUUUGACGGGAAGUUUGCCGGUCCAGAUGUCUUCAAAUCACUGGGUUGUGAUGACUUGAUCAACUCCGUCUUUGAAACUGGCAAAAGUCUGUGUGCGCUGCACUUGGUGGAGGAUGAGAUUGCCUUGUUUUCUGCUUACGUGUUGAUCUCGGCUGACCGCCUGUGGCUGCAGGAGAAGCUCAAAGUGGAGAAGCUGCAGCAGAGGAUCCAGCUGGCACUUCAACACCUACUGCAGAAGCACCACCGAGAGGAUGGCGUUCUCACCAAGCUCCUAUCUAAAGUGACUACAUUACGAGCACUGUGCAAUCGACACACGGAGAAGCUCUCCUCGUUUAAAGCAGCACACCCCGACAUCGUGCGUGUGCACUUCCCACCGCUGUACAAGGAGCUGUUCGGCUCCGAGUUUGAGCAGAUGAUGCCAGCAGAAGGUUAACGAUUGGCACCAGCGCACACCGAUGCCGGGACAUCCUGCCACGGGUGAAGUGAGAGGACACUGGCUCCAUGCCCCAGCCACGCGCACAAGCCCAGGAGAUCAAAGAGGUGGCACGGUCCUGGCAGGGAACUUUGGGGCGGGGUAUUAACAUUAGUUUCCUAGUGAAAGUUGAACCUGUUUUCUCAUGCAUUUAGUUUGUGUAGAGCACAGUGUACAGUGACAUUAUAAUGCUGAGAAGCUUAUUUAGAGCCAAUCUUUUACAGGGUAUAUUGAGUAAAUACAUUGAAUAUAGCAUUUAAUAUCAGUAUAUCAUUUUAACCUUGAUGUGCUGUGAGAUGAUAUAUGAAUCUAUAUUUUAAGCACCUUUUCGCAAUUUGUACAUGAUAUGUUGGUAUUUAUUAACUCUGUUAGAGGACAUGCACAAGAAAUGUUAUUGUGGAGUGUACAGGAGGAGUUGGGAGUUUCAGAUGCUGCUGUUUAAGUUGAUGCUUGUGUGUUGUAGGAAUGCCCACACAAUUAGUUUGGUUUACAAAACGCACUCCACUUUCCAUUGUCUGUGUGGCUGGUUAGUGUGCAAUUGAUUUGGUUCCAGAAUAAUACAGUGAAAGGAGGUGGAAGCAAAUAAUUUAUUAAAUACAAAGGCUUGUCUGGACCACUUAAGAAAGAGUUCUAUUUUUAUAACCCUCGUACAAAUAUUAGGAAGCACUUAAAAUAUUCCUGCAAUAAAAGAGAUGUGAUUUGUGUAAGAUUUUGUUUUGUAAGGCAAGACAAUAAUGGAAAGAAUUGUUAUUUUCUAAAGGCUUGGUAAUAUUUUCUUCUGAGACCAUGUCUGAUUCUGUCUUGUGAGACCUUUUUCAUCUGAUGUUUAUAUGUUUUCCGGCAAAUGUCCUUGAAAUGGAGGUUUCCUCGUGGAACAACAUUCCAAAAAUGUGUGAGUAUGUCGAAUAGUCCAAAGCACACGUCUGAUUUUGGGUGGGGAGUGUGGGUGGGUAAGGUUAGAUGUGGGUGUACAUUGGUGGAUGGCAGCGAGAAUGCAUGGGUGUGUGCAGGAGGAUGAUGUAUGGGUCUGUGUGGGGCUGUACGGGUGACAGAAUCGGUGUACCUUUGGAGGCGAGUGCGAAGAUAUGUGGGUGUACAUGGAUGUGCGUGAGUGUGUUUGUGGGAGUGUGCUCACUUGUGGUGAGUCUGGGUCACUGUUGCUUUUUGCACGCCUCAUUCCUCCGUAGUGCAAUAUGUAAAAGGGCACUGACUGGUGCAUAUUUAACCCCUCAGGGAAGUAAACGGUGUGUUUAUGCAGUCACUUCUUUUGCUAAGGGCUGUCGUCUGGAUUAUUUAUGUGUGUGUCCGUGUGUGAGGCAGUCCUGGAAUUAGUCUGGCUCGAGGAUCACUCGGGAUGAUCGGAACCUUGCACUUAGGCCAGUGUUUGUUUGAAAUGCAGUUACCAUUGAUACACUGGCUGGUAUUGUUGUUACUGUGGUCUGUUACUAUCAGUACACAUGGCUGGCAUUGUUACUGGGGUGUGUUACCAUUGGUACGCAUGGCUGCCACUGUUGUUACUGUGUCGGAAGGAAGUGCAAAUGCUGGUUUAUACCAAAGAUGGACACAAAAAACUGGAGUAACUCAGCGGGCCAGGCAGCAUCUCUGGAAAAAAAGAAUAGGUGACGUUUGGGGUCGGAACCCUUCUAUGGACCCCCCCUUGCCACCAUGCACUGUCACCAGCAUGACCUCGCUCUCCCUCUCCCACAGCUCCGUAUAUUGUUUGCUCUUUUCACAAAUCUGUCCAACCUGAUCUUGGCUUUGGUGUAUUAUUGUCAUAUACACCAGAGUCUAGGACGAGAGAACAUGGCCUCAGAAUUAAAGGACAUUCUUUUAGGAAGGAGAUGAGGAGAAAUGUCUUUAGUCAGAGGGUGGUGAAUCUGUGGGAUUCUUUGCCACAGAAGGCUGAGGAGGCAAAAUCAGUGGAUAUAUUUAAGGCAGAGAUCGAUUCUUGAUUAGUGCGGAGGUCAGAUGUGAUGGGGAGAAGGCAGGAGAAUGGGGUUAGGAGGGAGAGAUGGAUCAUGAUUGAAUGGCGGAGUAAACUUGAUAGGCCGAAUGGCCUAAUACUACUCCUAUCACUUAUGACCUUAUGCACUGAGAUGUAGUGAAAAGCUCAAGAAGAGUCUGAAGACGGUUUCCGACCCAAAACAUCACCUAUUCCUUUUCUCCACAGAUGCUGCCUGGCCUGCUGAGUGACUCCAGCAUUUUGUGUCCAUAUUGGUGUUACUGUGGGCUGUUACCAUUGGUAUGCGUGGCUGGCGAUUGUUGUUACUGUGAAAAUGAUCCAGCAUUCUGACUGCAUUUGAAAAACUAGAAGAAGAAAUUCCUUGUGGUCAGAUGGAGGAUUUGAAAUUUUAGCUCAGGGAGGACCUUUGGUUAUAAUGAGGGUACAAAUAGUCAGGUACAUUUAUCAGCAACACAACAAGGAGAUGCGGGCCUGAGGUGUCGCAAACAGACUUCACAAUAAGAUUGCUUACGGUUACUAUUGAGUUACUAGACAAAGUCUUUCAAAACCUCAGCCAUAGUAUAAAGAUGGCUCAGGCAUUGCUUUACCAGUAGGACUGCUUAUUUUGGUGGACACCUCUAUAGAAUCUGAUCAUGCCUAACUUGUUCAUCACAUUAUUCAGGAGUUGGGUUUGGCAGUCUCGACGGCCUGGCUGCUGCCUCUGCUCUGGCGAGUGCUCUGAGUGUUUAUGCAGCCCGAAUCUUGCUGUAUUCUACAGGGACAGUGCAGUGCCAACCUGCCCACAGAACGGCAGAGGCUGGUUUACACAGAAUGCUCGACUAACUCAGUGAGCCUGACCUGAUGUAGAUGAGAUGCUGCCUGACUUGCUGAGUUACUCCCUCACUCUGUGUCUUCAGCCCUUUCUCGGCUUGGUGUGAGCAGUAAGUACCAGGGCGUGUGAGGGAGGAUGCAAUCAACCCAACAGUUUUGCACAAUGAUCUUCCCCAUCUGUGGAACACCCUCACUGGGGUCGUCAGCCAUGGCUAUGUCCAUGAGUACUUCAUCCGAGGGCCCUCUCCCCCUCAGCCCAUGGCCCACACUGCAUCCUCUCAUGCUCAUCCUCACAGGGCACCAACCCACACGUCUAACAUGCCUUCCUGUGUGGGUGGCCCAUGCACAGCUCCCCUUCAUCAGUGUGAAGAAGAGUUUCUCCAGAGAUGCUGCCUGUCGCACUGAGUUACGUCUAUCCCUUUCACAGUUAGCCGUGUUUGGAUCAUCCAAGUAACAACCCCGUGACCAACCUCGACUUUUCCACAAUUCAUAAACAAGCGUUAAGAGUAAACGUGAGAAACACAACUUUUCACCACUUCGGUGUUUCUUAUCUUUCAUGGUUUUGGAUCCUUGUCCCUGGAGAUUUGUCUUCAUUGUCUAGUACCCUCACGUCAGCAGGCUGGGAGUUUAAGGAGGUGUUUUGCCAUUCGUUACUGUACUCUUGUGCUUUGUGCUUCAGGUCAGUGUUCUGGCCCCCAAAGAGCAGGAUGUACCACCGCAAACUCUGGCUGAGUAAUGUCACUCCACUCCUGGACGGCCCAAAGUCACACAACAUCCCCAACAACAAGCAAUUGUCCGUGCUGUCACAGUGUCUUCAAACAAAAGAGAUGAGCUACAAAUCUUGGAAACUUGAAAUUAUAAUUUUAAACACUGAAAACACUCGGCGAAUCAGGCAGCAUCAGUGCAGAAGCGGAGAACUCAGAAUAAAUGGACCACCCUUAGAAAGGAGAUGAGGAGAAGAUUUUUUACUUAGAGGUUGGUGAAUCUGUGGCAUUCAUUGCCACAAACAUCUGUGGAGGCUGUCAAUGGAUAUCUUUAAGGUGGAGAUUGACAGAUUAUUGAUUAAUACGGAUGUCAGGGGUUAUGGGGAGAAGUCAGGAGAAUGGGAUUGAGAGGGAAAGAUAGAUCAGCCAUGAUUGAAUGGCAGACUAGACUUGAUGGGCCGAAUGGCCUAAUUCUAGAACCUAUGAGAACACUUUCGAGCUGAUGAAGGGGCCCAGAACAUUAACCGUUACUCUUUCCAUAAGAUACAGUAGCAGAAUUAGGCCAUUCUGUCCAUUGAGUCGACUCCACAAUUCUAUCAAGUCUGAUCUAUUUUUUCCUCACAGCCCCAUUAUCCUGCCUUCUUCCCGUGAACCUUGACGUUUUCUCAUCAAGAACCUGUCGAUCUCCGCUUUAAUAAUACCCAAUGACUUGGCAUCUCCCGCCGUCUGUGACAAUGCAUUCCACAGAUUCAUCAACCUCUAGCUAAAGAAAUUCCUUCUCAUCUCCAUUAUAAAAGUACAUUGUUUUAUUCUGAGGCCGUGCCCACUGCUUCUAGACGCUACCAUUACUGGAAACCACAGAUGAUGCCUGACCUGCUGUGUUUCCAGUAUUUGAUGCGAUUAUUUUUGACAACACCCUCCACCCACUGUCCCAGAUCACUGCCCCUGUAUACAGCCUCCUGUAUCUGUGCCAGACCAAGGGUUAAUGCUGCUUGCACCACAGUAACAAAGAACACCAAUGUCAAAGUGCUGCACAUCCCCCACAAGGUGUCUGGAGCAGGACAGGUUCACAAUUCAGAUGACCCUUUGCGCAGAGAUGGUGAAGUGUAAUUAAUCUGGGGUAGGGACCGACCCUGAACAUUGUCUGCCCUUUUUCUUCCAGUCUGGCGUACUGAGUUCCUCCAGCAGUUGUUUUUUUUGCUCAAGAUUCCCGCAUUUGUUAAGGGCUUGGACACGCUAGAGGCAGGAAACAUGUUCCCUUUGUUGGGGGAGUCCAGAACCAGGGGCCACAGUUUAAGAAUAAGGAGUAAGACAUUUAGAACGGAGACGAGGAAACACUUUUUCUCACAGAGAGUGGUUAGUCAGUGGAAUUCUCUGCCUCAGGAGGAGGUGGAGGCAGGUUCUCUGGAUGCUUUCAAGAGAGAGCUAGAUAGGGCUCUUAAAAAUAGCGGAGUCAGGGGAUAUGGGGAGAAGGCAGGAACGGGGUACUGAUUGGGGAUGAUCAGCCAUGAUCACAUUGAAUGGCGGUGUUGGCUCGAAGGGCCGAAUGGCCUACUGCUGCACCUAUUGUCUAUUGUCUAUCUGCCAUUUCUGAUGCAUCUUUGGACCUGCAGUUAAGGUUCUCCAUGUCCCUGUGUCAGACGUGUACACAGGUGCCCUCUGCUGGUCAUUCUGUGCCUCUCCACCACCCGUUGGUGCCCCAACUGAUCAGCGACUCAAGAUGAAAUAGUGCACGGUGGCGCAGUCGGCAGAGUUGCUGCCUCAGCGCCUGUACCCUGGGUUCGAGCCUCUGUAUGGAGUUUGCACGUUCUCCGUGCGACCACGUGGGUUUCCUCCGGCUGCUCCAGUUUCUUCUCACAUCGCCAAAACAUAGGGGUUUGUAGGUUAAUCAGCCUCUCUGUAAAUUGUCCCUAUUAUGAAGGGAGUGGAUGAGAAGGCGGUAUAACAUAGAACUAGUGAGAACCCGUGAUCAAUGGUCAGCAUGGACUGAUCGGGCUGAAAGGCCUGUUAUCUUUCAAUCAAUUAAUGUUUGGAAACCGCUUCCUCACAUCCUAAAGGCAAGCAGGUUUGUGGGUUAUUGGCCUCUGUAAAUUGUCCUUUGUGUGCAUGGAUAGAACAAGUAUUCAGGUGAUUGUUAGUCAGCGCAAACUCAGGGUCGAAGGGUCUGUUUCCACGCUGUAUCUCUAACCUAAACUAAAUUAAACUCUCUUGCGGUUUAUGAAGGGAUUUGCUUCCUUUCUGCAACCUUGGCGUAGUGUAGAGUUGUACUUGACUUCUUGACAGAAAGGUGAGCAGGAACUGGCCAGUGAUGUGGUGAUGUUAUGAGUUACAGCAUCGGUGUUGCUCACUGGUGAUUGGGGUUUACUCACUGCCAGUCAGGAGAUGUCCUGGCCUUGGCAGCCCCCCC